AUGACUAGUACCAUAAAAGUUCAUGAAGAAAAAGUACCUGUUGACCCUGUAUUGUUGUUCCAACGCAUGAGUAUUACUGCAGCAUUUCAAGAUGAAAUAGAAAACUAUUUUGAAUAUGAACUAUCUCCCUACCCUCUAUCGUUAUUUGAUGACAUCGGGAUACGUAAAACACAGAAGUCUGCAAUUUACGAUUGUUUCGAAAAGGUAGACUUUGAUAUUAACAACACAAAUGCGACAAAUACAUCAUUGACGGAGGAUACUUACUACAUCGCGUUGUAUGGGAUAGUGAAGAAACAUUCAACGUUAUAUUAG